AUGUGUCACACCAGCUGCUCCUUGGGCUGUCAGCCAUCCUGCUGUGUGUCCAGCUCCUGCCAGCCCUCCUGCUGUGUGUCCAGCCCUUGCCAGUCAGCCUGCUGCAGGCCUGCUGUGUGCAUUCCUGUGAGGUACCAAGUGGCUUACUGUGUGCCUGUGAGCUGCAGGCCUACUGUGUGCACGGCCCCCUCCUGUCAGUCUUCUGUGUGCGUGCCUGUGAGCUGCCGGCCAGUCUGUGUGACCUCCUCCUGCCAGUCAUCUGGAUGCUGCCAGCCCUCUUGCCCCACUCUGGUCUGCAGACCUGUCACCUGCAACCCCUCCUGCUGCUGA